AUGCUUAGGCUGCUCCUCGCCGCCGCCGCGGCGCGCGCCAGCAACCGCGGCCACGAGGUGGCCCAGUUCGUGCGCGCGCGGGCCGGGCUCCUCAAGUCGAUCGUGCUCUUCCGCACGCACGUCGACGACGCUCUGACCAUAAGAAUUUAUAAAUCGCUCCACGCAUCGCUGAACAAUGCGAAGAACUACGAUCUACACAUCCUGUACGACCCGGACGCGCUGCCGACGUGCUGCGCGCAAUUUCACAAAGAUGCGUCCUCGAUAAAGUUCGGCCUCCAGGAGUUUGAAGAGAAUUAUCCAAAUGUAGAACUCCAAAUGCACAAAAAUAAAGGCCAGCCCGCCUUGAAGAAGUCGCACUACCAGCAGUUGGCUUAUGCGUACGCGCUGCGGGGCAGGGACUACGAGUACGCCUGGUGCGUCGAGCACGACGUCGCCCUCACGGGCGGGAACUGGCUCGGGUUCUACGAGGCCCACGCGAAUGAUUCAAGGGACCUGCUCGCGUGGCGCGUCGGGUGGGUGCCCAAAGAUGCGAAGCCGCACAAGGGCGGCGCCUGGAACGCGGGCAUGAUGAAGGGCCCGCGCUUCGACUGUUUCCAUAACGACCGGGGGGGCUGGCCCUUCAGCACGUGCCACGGCGGCCAUUCCGAGGUCGCGAUUUUGUUCGGGGCGAUCGUGCGCUUUUCAUCAAGAUUCGCGGCGUUGCUCGACCAGGACGGCGCGGCGGACCCGCCCUCCUACGGCCACUCCGAGACGGCCGUGCCCACUUUAUGCAAUAUUACCCAAUGGUGCACGAUGGGAAACAUCAGUGCAGGCUGGGUCGGCAUCAACGACUACUUGUUGGAUCCGCCCAUCUCCACCGAUGUCUUCGACGAGAUCGAGAAGGUGUUUCCACACAAAUUGAUGCACCCCGUCCGGGACACGACGUCGUCGUCGAGCUUCGACAGCGUUUCCGGCCUCGCCAAGGGAGUUUCCGUAAAACCCAAGCAGGCGCGUGCGAGGGUGAUCAACGGCGUGUUCCACGCGCCCGCCGGGCGGCACGAGGCCCUAUGCUUACUGGCGAACCCGCGGCCCUUCCAGCCCUCGUUCUCGUGUCCGGUCGGCUGCCCGCACCACGUCCAGGAGGCGUGCCCCACGAGGAACUGCGUCUGGGGCCGGCCGAACGCGACGUAUGUCCAUCUAGCAGCGCGAGAAUGCGUUGUCGAAUGCGCCAAGGAGCCGGGCCGGUGUCCCUUCGCCACGAGCAAGGGGUCGAGCGUGAGUUUGCUCGAGGCGCCGCCCGGCGGUUUCGCCAAAAAAGCGAAGGUCGCGCGCCGGCGGCCGGCGCAGCGACGGCGUUCGUAA